GGGAAAGAGACUAUAGACUACACGACUUCAAUUUUGUGGAUCAAUUACACUCGAGACAGGAGACGUGACUGAAGCUGCGAGAAAUUUCAGUAGAAUUGUGCUUUUACAUUAGCUGGAUAACAAGUAACCAAGAUGCCAGUGUCUAUGCAGCCUACCUCGGGACCUUCCUGCUUUGACAGGGUUAAGAUGGGCUUCAUGAUCGGUUUUUGUGUUGGAAUGGGGUCAGGCGCACUCUUUGGAGGAUUUUCCGCUCUAAGGUAUGGUCUACGCAGUCGUGAGCUGAUGAAUACAGUAGGAAAGAGCAUGGUGCAGGGAGGAGGAACGUUUGGACUUUUCAUGUCAAUUGGUACAGGAAUAAGAUGCUGAGACAUUGCUUCAAGAUGGAGGAACAAUCUCAACAUCUAGUAUGGACUCUAAAAUCAUGAACUGAUCUCUUUGAGAGGGAUACUGUGACAUUUGUAUAAUUUUAUACAAGGAAUUGACCAAGUUAAUUUGCUGAUGCUCCAGUUGUGAUCGUAACAGAUCACUACUCUCCAGUGGUUUAUGUGGAGUUGUGGGUUUCUAACUGAUUGACGUGACUGAUCUUACAAGUCUGAUAAGCAUUAUUUGGCUCAGAUCUUUGUCAUCCACAGGAUAAGCAGUUGUUUCUAUUGACCGAUUUACAAACCUCAUUCAUGUACAUUGUAUCUGAUAUCUUUUAUAAUUUUCAUCAUCAUCAGACUGUCGUGUCAAUUUUAACAAACGAAUCAUAAAAUGAAAUUACAUAUACAUGCAGAAGGGCAUGCAGAAAGCUAUGUCCAUCUAAAGUCUUAUUAUACAUGGACUUGUAGUUACUUCCCAACUGAAACCAAAAUAUUAAUAUGUGAUGAUUCCUAUCUUUUGAAGUUUGUAGGACUAGGAGUAACUUGUUUAAAACAUUGCCCGUAACAGGUGAAUAACUCCAAUAAUACACAUUUAUGUACGUUUCUUAAAUAUAUGAAUAAAUGGAACAGCAUAAUAUAAAGAAUUGUA